UGCUCGCCCGACUUUGUUUCCGGGUCGGCGAUAUAUAAAGAGGAUGCCUGUCGGGAUUUUGCUCUAGUUUUGAAUCAGUCAUUGACGGGACACCAAAGUGUAGUAACGUUCCUCCCUUUUAUCAUCAUGGAUCCGAUUCCCCGUGAAGACGAGUGGUCUCGUAACGGAUCCACAUCUAAUAGUUCGCAAACCUCAAGAUCCAUCCCUCAAAAUUCAACUUUGUCAGAUGAGCAACGUCUCCUUCAAACAUACUUGCCUUCAUCCAGUAUACCACACGGAUCCUUGUAUCCGUGCCAGUUUGAAGAUCGUCUUCAGUUACAUUACCGAACGCAUUCCUCGAUGCAUUAUGGUUAUCCUCAGUUUGUUCCCAUGGUGGUCCCUGACUCGUGGAAAGGCUUGUGCUCAACAUCGCUGCGUUCUCGAUACACAGAACAUCAAACGAAUUGUUUGAAAGAAGUGUAUGCAGUGAAAAAAUAUGUCAACACAGACGAAAUGAUCGAAUUGUCCUGCAAAACCGGUCUGUCCCGUCAUCAAGUGAAAACGUGGUUCCAAAACCGACGCUUAAAGGAUCGCAAAGUGUCCAAAGCCAAUAAUAUCACUGCAGAAUCUUCACAGGAGCCUACUCGCAGACUUCCUGUUGAUGAAUAACCCUACACUCUUUUGUUAUGUUUGUCAAAUUACUACCUCCUGAUUCAGGACUGUAGAGGACCAGUCGUGGCUAAAAGGUCUUAACUGUGUUCUUAAGCCAAACAAAAAAAAUCGAAAAUUGUGUUACCCCGAUGUAUAAUUAUUUGUAAAAUAAGUGAAUUCAAUCCUUCGGAUGUGAAUAAAUCCCCGUGAGAUGCA